AUGCGUGCAGCCUUAUUGUGGAUAGUUAGUGAUUUUCCAGCAUUAGCAACGGUUUCUGGAUGGAGCACCAAAGGGAAACUGGCAUGCCCCACUUGUAAUUAUGACACAUGCUCUCAAUAUCGCAAGCAUAGUCGUAAGAUGUGUUACAUGGGUCAUAGGAGAUUUUUGCCUCGCGAUCAUCCAUUAAGAAAAGAUAAGAAAUCAUUUAAUGGUCAGGAGGAGCAUAGACCUGCACCAAAUCCUUUGUCGAGUGUAGACGUAUUUGAAGAGCUGCGUGAAUUCAACAAUGUGUAUGGAAAGGGAAAAAAAAGGCCUUGGGAUAAUAAGGAUGGAAAGCCAAAGGAUUAUGUAAAUUCUCGCUAUGAAUUACAAGAAAUGGGGAUACGGAAGAAGCUACAACCAAUAAAAGAUGAUAAUAGUAGUUUAAGUUUAGCUCAAGCUUGUUUCUCCAUGAAGCCAGAACAGAAAGGGUUGUUUUGCACAAUCAUGAAAAAUGCCAAAUUACCAAAAGGGUGUGCUUCGAAUAUAUCACAACGUGUGCAAGUGAAGGAGAUGAAAAUAUCAGGGUACAAGAGCCAUGAUGCUCAUUUUAUAAUGCAUCACCUUCUCCAAGUUGCUGUUAGAAAAGCUUUGCCCAAGAAUGUUUCGCUGACCUUGAUUAGGUUGGGCAAUUUCUUUAGAGCCAUAUCUAGUAAGGUUAUAAGGCCAAGAGAUCUUGAAAAAAUGCAUUCUGAAAUUGUUGAAAUAAUAUGUGACCUUGAAAAGAGUUUUCAUCCAACAUUUUUUGAUAUAAUGCUACAUUUACCUAUUCAUUUAGUGAAUGAAAUUAAGUUUGGGGGUCCGACCCAUCUUUGUUGCAUGUAUUCCAUUGAGAGGCACCUAUGUAUGUUGAAGGGGUUCGUUCGCAAUCGAUCUUAUCCAGAAGCAUCAAUUGCAGUGGGGUUCCUGGCUGAAGAGUGCUUGACUUUUUGUUCGAGAUACCUACACGAUGGCGUGAAGACAAGAUUUAGUAGGUACCAAACUGAGGAUGAUGGGUGCCUUCAAAAUUUUUCACCUAUAUUCCCUAACAUAGGUCAUCCAAUUGGAAGAGAGAAGAAAAAGAGAAAUACUUUUCCUAUGGAUUCACAAUCCAAAGAUGAAGCACAUCGGUAUGCUCUGUUCAAUACUGGAGAUGAACAAGUGGAGAAGUUAAUUGAGGAACAUAAGAAUUUGAUGGGUAAUCAUACUAGAUCAAAUGCCUGGGUAAGAGCAAGGAAUCAUAGUCGGGAAUUCAGUAACUGGUUUGAAAAGAAAGUUGAAAAUGUUGAAGUGCCAGAUUAUUUACGAGGGCUAGCUCAAGGGCCUAAUUCGGUGGCCAAAAGAUAUACUGCAUAUUUCAUUAAUGGAUACCGAUUUCAUACGAAAACCCGAGAUGCACCCCGCAAGACUCAAAAUAGCGGAGUGACUUUAUCAGCAACAACUGAUAGUUUUGCUAGUGCUAGGGACCAAAAUCCUAUUGAUGGAGAGGUUAUCUAUUAUGGAGUUAUUCAAGAUAUCAUUGAGAUUGAUUAUUAUGGUCAUUUUAGUGUCGUGUUGUUUAGAUGUGAUUGGUUUCCUAAUGAAGUAGAUGAAUAUGGUUUAACUCGGGUAUACUUCAACAGAUUAUGCAGUUCAAAUAACCCUUAUGUGUUAGCAUCGCAAGUUCAUCAGGUUUUUUAUGUGGAGGAUCCAGUUGAGAAAGAGGUUUACUAUGCAAGGAAUAAAGUCCCGGUAGAUUUGUAUGAUUUAGAGGAAGAGAAUUGUCCCAAUAUCAGAGACACAUUUUGGAGGGAACCUAAUGAUGACAUUGGUUCCUCAAGUAGAUUACCUGAUCUUGACAAUGGCAGGUUAAGAGAAGACAUGCCUGUUGAUGUUAUUGACGUACCAUUUCGUGCACAAGAUUUACAAGAAACAAUUAGAGAAUCAUCAGAAGAGGAGGAUGACAUUGAUGAUACUGAUUGA